GAGAAGUAAAGACUAAAGGACCUCGGAAUCGUCGGAUCGCGGAGUCCGACGGGGUCGGAGUUGGACAAACCGCUGCGAGCGAGAAAUCGGACAGCUGCCGGUCCCAGAUCCUGCUCACUCACUACGUGUACUUCACGGAGUCGAGACACUGUGACGGAAGUGGCGGUGGCGGUGGUGGGCUUCACCCGCAACACCUUCGCGGAAGGAAGUCAGACACUACGCGACUGUGUAGCGUGCACCGCUAUUUGUUGCGACGGACUCACGGACGCUGAAAUCGCACUUCUGGCAGUCAGCUGCCCUCUGGUCACUUUAGCGAUCUCCACACUGCACAUCAGCCCACUGUUUCGGUGCCAUCAGUAAAAGGUAAAGGGAGGGGAUCAUGACUGGUGUGAAAGAGGGCAAGUAAAAAGGUGAAGGUUUAGCUCGACUACUUUUGACACAGGUGGCAGCCUAACGACGUGAGUUUGGUCAGCGCUGUGUAGUGGUUCUUUCAUCGUUCCACCAUUUCGGCGGACCGCAUUUCGGCCGUCAGCAUUGCCGAAAUCUGAUCCCAUGUAUUGAACGCGAAGUCGACUCGAUCAGCGUGGCUACAAGUCUUGAACAUCUAGAAACUCGUGUGCUGAAUCGCAUAUUGUUGAAGAUGAUGGGCUUGACCGUGGACGAUGAUUACAUGGAGAUGGGAGCAGCCCGGUUGGCGCUGGACACGCACAAGAGGAUGGUAGCGGCGGCGGAGAAUGACAAGUCAGCAGCAGUGUUAGGAGCUGCACUCGGCCAGCCUGCUCCUACUAGUACUACUACUAGUGCCGGCAGGUACACGGAGCUGAUGACCAACCCGGACCAGCAGGGGAGAGAUCGCCUUGUUUCGGAGGAUGAAUACGUGGACAUGGCUACCCUGCAGUCUACGAUGACAGCAGAGCAGCGCAACGAUUUGGCUGUAGUUUCCAUGGCAUGCACUCCUGGUGAGGUGCCGCCACCGUGUCAUCCAGCACCGCCAUCAAGAAUGCUCCGUCCGGAUAGUGAUUAUGCCGACCUUGAUGAGCUGGAAAAGCAGUCGAAAGCGAAUGCAUCCUACUCCUCUUCCCAAAUGAUGGUUCACUUCGAAGCUGCUGAUGCCGUACCUCACACUCUAAGCUUACCGCUCAGCCCUCCGGACAGUGACUCAUCCUUACCAAGGACACCGUCCAUGCCUAACAUAUCUGUCCUGCAGGCUAGCGAGUAUGUUGAUGACCAGAGUGCGGCCAUGUCACGCAGUCAGAACGCACUGAACUCGUUCUCGACGCAGAGCGUGCGCUACACAGGAGAGCGACAGUUCGCGACGCUCGAUCCGUCGUUUCGGCGGAGAAGCAGCCGCGACAGGCCGGCCGCACUGCUCCCUGGCAUGCAAACCCCUGGCGCCGAGUUUGACUCUCGGCGGCAGCCACAAGACGACUACACUGCUUCGCUGGCAUCGUACCGCUAUGCCACCCUGGACCCGUCGUUUCGCCAUAGUAGCAAGCACACCGCGUUUGCAGGACUGCCGGCUGCAGGCGACGGCGGCGUCUCGCAUUUAAUCGGCGACUCGUCGGAUAGCUGGCGUUCAGAAAGCUGCCUGGCAAGUGCCCGGCCGUAUGAAGCAGUCAGCAACAACUCCAGUGGUCCGAGUCGCUAUACAGACAAGUUGCGCGGACAGUCAUUGAGCCAGAAGAGCAGAAGAAUUGUUCAGGUUGAUGACAGUUUUGGACCAGGAAAACUGAGGAGAGACAGUUCAGAUGGGGCCAUCCACAAGAUCGGUCGGGGCGGCAGGAAUUUUAUCAGCUUUCAAGGAUCCGAAGCAACAUCCCUGGACUCUGGAACUGACAAGAUGAAGGCGUCAAAAGAUGCCAAGACUUUGCCACAUAACAAUCAUGGCGAUGAGAAGAGCCCUGGGCGUCUGCGCUCACGCCUUAGCACCCUGGCCUCCAAGAUCGGCCCUGGCAGAUCUCACUCGCCGCAUGCGGCGAGCAGCGGAAAAGGCGACAGUCCGAAGUUGAACCGCAAGCAGUCGCUACCGGAGAGAGGGUCGACCCUCGUCCAAGCUGAAGGCUUCCAAUGGCACUCGGGCCGCCAUUCUAGUAUAAGCUGUCCUAGCACUAACGCAAUUGGUUCCGCCAGUGGUGCAGGCAACACACAGGGCGAUCGUGCAGACCUCAUCAGCGUUAGUUCCUUGCAGAGAAGUCCACUGGGCAGCAGUACGAGUACGUCGCCUGCACCGCCAUCGCCUAUGCAUGUUUCAGCCAGCCAGCUAGCCAAACAGAAUGCAAGCCGUACAGUCGCACCUCCACCCAAGCCCAAGCCAUACCAUGAGUACAAAGCUGUCAAAGACCAACUGGAAUCACUUUCAAAGGACACAUCGGUAUGAAUGCUCGUCAUGGACACGCUGUGGAAGCUUCGCGUUGAACUGGUGUGCUAAGUGACUGGUGUCAAAUUGUCAUUUGGUAUGCCGCUAUCUCUGGAAUCAACCAUCAACGAGCUAGCCACUUUCAAAGCUAUUCCUUGUCACCCAUGCACCUCCAGAAGCAUUUUAGCAAAUUUCGCACGUCUGUUCUGGCUAGUGCAUGCAUUGGACUAGGACCAGUUUUAUUUGAGACACAGUACUGAGCAAUUGUAAUUAGAAUUGCCCUCCCACAACCCAUUGUCACUCUCAUCUUACAAUGUACUCUAUUCACUUGAUUUGUGUUGUUUCCAGGUAUUUACCCCAUGUUAGUGCACCUGUCAAGCAUUCAGUGUAAUGCGUGUAUUGGGACUUAUUAAUUUUGUCAUGUCGGUCCGCUGCUGCUAUAUUUGAAUCAAGAAGGAAGUCAAACCCCGGAUUAUUUUUUUCCUGUAUCGGGGACAGGUGAGGGUUUUUCAUUUUCCCCUGUGAGAUCAUUUACACUUUCGUCACUGACAUGCUGCACAGGCCAGUCGGCCUUACAGGACUUACAUAUCUACAUUUAUCUUUCACAAAUAACGUUAAAAGUACAUCCGACACGCUCAGUGUGGCUGGUCACAAACUGUUUGAGUAACCCGAUUUUUUUAAGUACUGUCUUUGUCUCACUCAUAUCCUUCACCACUAAAGUGACUGAGUGAAUACAAUUAACUAUCCUUGACUGUCCGGCCAUUUUCUGGUAGUUGUGCUUCUUGGCUUAUUCUUUUUUAUCCAACCGAAUGCUCAUCCUUUCAAGCAUUGUGUGUACAAUACAAGAACGUCUUGAACAGCGUGAA